CACCCAGAUAUCUUGCCCCUCUCGCACCCUGCGUCUGUCUCGCAGUUUUCCAGCAUCGUCCAGCCAUCACACUCACUCUCAGGACGACACUGGGCAGAAGCAACAACAUGGCUUUACGAAUGAAGGUUUGCAUGUUCGUGGGACUUUUCCUGCUUUCUCUGGCCUGGAAAGCAGCCUGGGCCAAGGUGCAGGUGAACAUGGAGGACAGAGUGGAGGUGUUUCUGGGGGACACGGCCCAGAUCACAUGCAUGUUCACGGUCUCAGACAGCCCCGACAACGUCAUUAUCCAGUGGUACAUGAUCACGAAGACCAAUGUCCGCUUGAGGAUCUACUACGGAAACGGCACCAUGCAGGUAGUCGACCGGGGCGGGCAGUUCACAGACAAGAUCAAUGUGAAGGGGAUGGGGAAUAGCAGCGAGGUGGUGCUGACCAUCAGGGACGUGAAGCUGGAGGAUGAGCUAGAGUUCAUCUGCCACGUCAACGGGAUGUCAGCCGGUAGCGACGAGGGACGCACUGCGCUCAAGGUGUUCGCGUCACCUGAUCGUCCAAUCAUCACGGGGGAGGAAUCUGGGAUCUCUGUCAGCAAUGAGUACCCAACUAAGAUAGGGAGCUGUGAGGCUAAGAACGGCUACCCCAGGCCCAACAUCACUUGGUACCGUGACCAGAGCUCACUGCAGAACACACCAGGCGAGGUCAGUGUGGUGACCCUGGUCACUAAGGAGUCCAGUGGUCUGUACACUGUCCAGAGUGACCUUCACCUGAAUGUGGUCAAGAAAGACAAGGAUUCGUUAUUCUACUGCGAAGUCAGCUACCUUGUCCCCGGUGGAACCAAGAUGACUGAAACCAACAAGAUCAACAUCACUGUCUACUAUCCAACCACUUCCCUUGAUGUGUGGGUGGAGUCACCAAAGGGUAGUGUCAAAGAAGGAGACACAGUUGAGGUUCAUUGCCGUGCCAACGGGAAUCCUCAACCACCCUUUACAUUCAUGCACAAUAUGGAGGAGCUGGAAUCUGAUCUGAACGUAUUGGUCCUGAAAAACGUGACGCGGCAAAGCAACGGCAACAUCAUGUGUACAGCACUGGACCUGGACACGUAUGAAGAAACCCUCGGGCAAACAGAGCUCUUCGUCGACUAUCUGGAUCCGGCUGUAUUGAUUCCCAAACACACCCAUGUCAUGGCCCAGGGAGAGGAGCUGAUGGCCACAUGCAACGCUCUGUCCUCCCUGCCCACACACACUGUAUGGUUCAAGAAAGGAAAAAAAGUUGCAGAGGGCCACACACUGACCCUGAAGGACGCUGUGUUUGACAUGGCGGGGACGUACGUGUGUGUGGUGAAGGUGUCUUCACUGGAAGGACUGGAGACCAGUGGCUCUUUACGUGUCUUCGUAGAGGGACGCCCAGAGAUCAAGAAGUCAGCAGACCCAGUCCAGGAGGUGAGCCCAGAGAAGUCCCAGAAGCUGAGCUGCCACGCUAGAGGAUACCCAACCCCUGUUAUCACAUGGAGCUCCUCUGACAAAUCACAGAUCCUGAAGUUGUCCCAAAGAGAGACAGAGGACGAGGUUCUCAGUGUGGUGAGCAUCAAGGUGACCUCUGACGUCACAGCCUACUGCAACGCCUCCAACGACCAUGGCACAGUCUCCUUCUCCUUCAGCCUCAAAGCCAUUGUCCAAACGACCUCGUCAGCUCCCAGUACUACAGUAACAACUCCAUUAGUUCCAGUAACAGUGGUAGCUCCAGUGACAGUAACAACAGUAACGCCAGUAACUCCUCCGAAGAGAGUCAAGAAAGAGGGCAGCGGUGUGAUCAUAGCUGUCAUCAUCAUCUGUAUUCUCCUGCUGGCUAUCCUUGGCAGUGUGCUGUACUUCCUGUACAAGAAGGGCAAGCUCCCAUGUGGUCGUUCGGGCAAGCAGGAUCUUACCAAACCGAAUAAGGGCGGCAUAGUGGUGGAGAUGAAGAGUGACAACACAGAGGAGGCCGUGCUUUUAAGUGUCAACGGAGACAAGAAACCUCCUAGUGACCAGUAAAGGGUGAUAAGUAUAUGUACGUGCAGAAGUGAGCGUAGGUGUGUGAGGGGGCGACUGCUGCAGCUGCUCCCAGGCCAGUUCACUCGCUCAGGGUGGGAUGGAUCCUUUGAUGCCUCGUAGCCUACAACUUCCAGGAGAACUCAUCUGAUAUGUGCUGCAGUUCUCUAACCUGAUCCCAGAUUCGUAGUUCUUUAGCAUGGCAGUGGCUAACAAAGGAAGUGGCUAUGUUCUCUCAAGUCAUGCUAUUUCAUACUUUAUCCUGUUUUUCAUAUGCAUAACGAAGAACAUGACAGAGAUGCUGGCCUAAGCGCAUACAUAUCUGGGAUCAGCCUAGCAAUUUUAAUGAAUGUGGUUAUUCUUUGCACCCAUAAAAUCCAGUUAGAGCAUGAAAUAAGAGGGACUGUUUGUUAUAUAUUUUCCUUAAUCCAAAUGCCAACUCGGGCAAUCAAUCACUGAAGAGCAGCCCGGAACUGCUUUUUCAUGAAGUGUAAUAUAUUCUGUAUGAAUUUCUUUAUUUAAAAUAACCUGAGACAAACCUUUUAAAAAGACAUGGCUAGGAGUUGUUUUGGGUUUGUUGCUUUUUGAUGGAGGGACGUCUGUGUAGGCUUCGCGCUAGCUCUGGUCCAGGGCGUUAGUGCGCGUUCCUUCUGCAGCAUAGUGGAGCAACGUGAACUAACGCCCUGGACCAGAGCUAGCUUUACUCUAGAGGUCCACCUGCUGUUGUUCUGCGUGUGAUUGGCUGCAUUCACUUCCUAAGUCUGUACACUGAAACCAUGGGUGCAUAAUGACGGUCUUACCAACCAUGUCUACAUGUAUACAGCCUGCUUCAUCUACCCAUGUAAACCAACAUCCAACCUUUAGAGCUGUUCUCAAAAUGGACUCUAGUAUGGGUCAUGAUUCCGUUUGAGUUUAGUCUUUGUAUUUUUGUUGUUGUUGUUGUAGCUUUUACUUACCACUGAAACUAAUCUUAGAUGUGUUUUCCCUUUGUUUUUGGCUUUGUGAAUGCGCAUGUAAAGCCUUGUCUCAUCGUCUGUUAUCUUAUGAGAGAUGGGCCCUGUUUGAAUAUGUUGGAAUGCAUCCUUUCUUCUUUCCCUCAUUUGGAGUAAUCAAUGAGCUGACACGACUUGGAUAGGUGAAGGCCUAUCCAAUCAGGUCAAAUCAGUGAUUUCUUCAUGGGAAGAAGGAUAUGUGGUGAAAUAUGCAUGGAUAAGGGUCCCCAUUCCUAUCAGUUCCGGAUUGGGUUAUUUUGUACUACAAUAGCCAAUAGCAGAGCUCCGAUGAAGCCGAAGUGUCAUUGGUUACUUUUUCAUUCUUCCAUAGUUCGUGUACUCUUUUUUUUCCCUUCUUCCAUAGUUGUUGUACUCCUUGUAAAUAAGAGUUAAGAAUCACGCUGAUAUGUUUCCAGUUCUGUCUGCCUUAUAUACAUUCAGCCUCUUAUUCUACAAAAUCACAGCGAGCAGUACAGCUGACUUUCUUUCACACUUGUUUUAUCAUUAUUCGUGAAUAUUUGUCCAGUGCACUGAUUUUGUUUUGUUUGUUAUGAUUUGUCGUCAUGUUUUGUCUGUGAAUCUCUGAUUUAAGUUGGGUGAAGGAGUGUUUGCGAGUGAAAUGUCAGCUUCGUUUCUCAUGAAAGUGAAGAUAAAAUGGCUCUUUAAUGUGGGGAGAGGGGUAAGUUGAGCCACCCUUCUUUCUUGGAAACCAUUCACAAAAUUAAUAAUUUGACCAAAUAUUUAGCAAGAGGUCAUCAUUUCAUGAAGUCUGAAGGAAGGAACCACAUGGAAAAAGUGGUAAACAAGUUAGGUCCAAAAAACAGAUUUUCACCAAGUCAAAUGAAUUUUAGGUUUGAGGUUUCGUGAUGCUUGUAUCUAAACUAAAGUAUACAAUUUUAAGAUUGUUCUAUACAUUGGUUGGGGUCUCUAUAAGCUUCAAUAUGAGGUCCUAAACAUACCAUGAAAGUGCUUCCUUGUAGCUGUGUGGGCUAAUAAAGUCAAAAUGUUGGCCAUGGGGUAAGUUGAGGCAAUGCCAAGUUGAGCAAAGCGAAGCAUUUUCUUCCCAGGUCUAAUGCAAGGCAUUAUCACUGGGAUAUGAGGUAACAACAGGAUAAGGAUAGAUAUGGUUUAUAAAAACGUAGUGGUCAUAUUUAAUUCAGUAAAGAAAAGUAAGUAUGUAAGUUGUGCCAAGACAGCCCUUUUUAUUGGACAAGCUGCUUUCAAAACUAACAUUUAUAUGAAUUUGGAUUUUUUUCCAGGGAUACACAACACCCUGACAUAUGUAGAUAUCCUUGUUAGAAAAAAUACUAUAUUUCCCUUGAUGGCGUGAUGCUGAAAGUAAAACAAUUCAAAUUUACUCUACUCACCCCUAUGGCAAACAUAACCUAUAUGAAAGUCGUCUGAACAGGGACUAAAAUGUUCAACUCUGAUAGUGUUUUACACAGAACUCCUCGGAAAUGUUAUGCUUACAUGUAUAUACACAUACCUAGUGGUUUUCAUUCUACAAACAAAAUGGCAAAACUUCAUUUCUAUCACAAUUUCUACAGGAGAGAAUGACUUGAUAACAAUACACUCCUUAGUUUGAGCUUUCUUAAUCACAAAGUAAGAUCCGAAGAGCUCGCUCAUGGCCAUAUUAAAACACAAACCCCAGAAUGUCCUCUCAUUACACCACAGGUUAAAAGCUGGUAUGCUUAAGUGAGUGCCAAACGUAAGCCUGCGUCAAUCAUUAGGGCCACCAGUUUAAUUUAUUUUUACUCAUGGUUCUCUCAAUCAUAUGUUACGGUCCAGUCAGGAGAAAAGUAAGACAAUCAUCAAUCUUUGAUAGUUUGAGGUAAAAAGUAUGUUUGGUUCUUUUUUAUUUACACCCUUCAGUAUCUCCCCUAAAGAUUGUGUUAAUAUUUUGGACAAGAACUAUCAGUGAUAAUUUUGAUUAUUUAAAAAAAAAAGUUUUUUUUUUGUGUGUAAUAUCUAUGAGUUGCAAAGACAGAUUAACUUCAGGGCAGGUGAAUGGAUUCCUUUUGUUUGUAAUUUAUUUUUUAUGAAGUAAAUGCCAAAUAAAAAUGACUUGUUCAAUGAAAAA